GUCGUGUCGUGUCGUGUCGGGGUUGAAUGACCUCUGUCGUGUGACCGUUAGGCUACUAACAGAUUUCACUUGUUAUUGAGCACGGACUGAGGCGCGCUGCUGUUUGGAGAUAUGCUAUCAUCGACUUGCCAUUUAUUUUAAACGCUGCUAUUUACUUAAUAGCGCUCGUUUCAUACAGUCUUUCUUCGUUGCUUGGAAGAGCCGUAUAAAAACUGAAAUGGCGGAGGCUCAGGCCUUUGUGACCCUGGCCACCACAGAUGCCUACAGCAUGGGAUGUUUAGUAGUAGGCAAAAGUCUGCGCAGGCAUGAAACAUCGAGGAAGUUAGUGGCUAUGGUUUCCCCCGGCGUUUCCAGAGCAUCGAGAUCGGCCCUGGAGGACGUGUUUGAUGAAGUCGUGGAGGUAGAUGCGCUGGACAGCAGAGACAAGGCCCAUCUCUCCUUGCUGCGACGUCCUGAACUGGGGGUCACUUUCACCAAACUCCACUGCUGGACCCUCACACAGUACACCAAGUGCGUGUUCUUGGAUGCAGACACGCUCGUACUGUGUAAUGUCGAUGAGCUGUUUGAAUAUGAAGAGUUGUCUGCUGCACCUGAUCCAGGCUGGCCGGAUUGCUUCAACUCCGGGGUAUUUGUGUUUAGGCCCUCCCUGGAUACCCAUACCCAAAUACUGGAACACGCUGCACAGCACGGCAGCUUUGAUGGAGGAGACCAGGGUGUUUUAAACACGUUCUUCAGUGACUGGGCAGUAAAAGAUAUCAGGAAGCAUUUACCAUUCGUGUACAACCUCACAGCCGGUGUCGUUUACACGUAUCUACCAGCAUUUCAGCAGUAUGGCCACCAUGCUAAAAUCGUCCACUUCCUGGGUGGGACUAAGCCCUGGCACCUUCCAUAUGACCCACAGGCUUCCAGUGAGGCGUCUUUAAGAGAUCCCAGCAACAACUUUCAGCAAUUUAUGAAUUUAUGGUGGGUGGAGUACUACAGUCAAAGACGGCUACAAGUUCAGAAGGACGACAAGAAUGAAGACUAUUCAGCGCAGCGGUUGGUUUCUCCACAGACACAUCAGACUCCAUCACAAAGCCAAAAGAGCAGCACUGAAGCCCACCACAAAGAGAUGACGAUGCCCUCUCCACCUCUGACUUUGGACCCGCUAACAAUCAGCUCUAGCUCAUCCGAAAAGUCAGAGGAAUCGAAUAUUCUCUCUGAUGUUCUGUCUGGUGGGGAGACUGAGGAGACCCCUGUAGUCAGCCCUCCAUCUGAGCUAGAGAGCGAGACUGCUGAUGAUUCUGCCACAGCCACCGGAGAAGCUGCUGCUGCUGAGACAGAGGUGGAUGACCUGGAGCAUCGCCGCAUGUGGGAGGAAGGCCAUGCUGAUUACGUGGGUAAAGACGCCUUUAACAACAUCAUGAGAAAACUCGACCUGUUCCUUGAUUAAUUUUGUGAGUAUGUGCUGGAUGUGUGUUCAUUAGGUUAUAUAAAACACUGCAUCUAUACACUUUCAUUUGUACUGUACAUAUCAACGAUCCCAACUGUUACGUUUUCCCCUCCUCAAAUAUAGCUGCUUUUCUACCUCUGUUGUGCAUUUGCCGAAAUCACUGGAUCGUAUGAAAAAAUACUCUACUAUAUAUUUACCAUUUAUGUUAAAUCUAGACAGACAUUUAAAUGUAGUAAUUCGGUUUGGGUAUUUUGAACCUAUAUGUAAUAAGUAUGUGAUAUCUAUCUGUAUCAUUUAAGAAUUGGCUAUAAAUACGCUCUGUAGCUGUUAAGAGAGGCUUUGAAAUUGGCUUACUGUUUCAAAUCAAUUAUUUAAGCAUUAGUCGAUUACUAUUAAUUCACGUGAAAAGAACUGAGAGAAUUAUUUAGUAUUUAUUGUCAGUGUCUGACAAAAAUCAUGUAGUAACAAAUGCUUCAACCGAGAGGAAAUGCGCCUAAUGACAUAAGCGGUCAAAAACAUGUCUUUCUUUGCAGUGCCCUACAGCAAAAUUGCCUUUUUUGCCACUAGAGGUCAGCCUAUAAACACUCUCUAGUUUUAACACCUACACAAACUCCACCAGCAGAGUAGACAUCUCAGUUGAAAAAAGACGAUGAAAUAGAAUCAUAAACACAUAUUUGUGUCUUUUCAUAACCCUGUCUCCAAAUCAUCUGUCUCACUACUAACUUUUAGCGGUUGGACUAAGUCACAGCCAGUUCUAAGAUGGAACCUUGAGUUUAAACUUAGAUCCAUUUAUUACUCUCUGGCUCUGCCUUGUUUACAUGACAGCUCUUUGAAAUCAUGAACUAUUUAUGCUUAUGUCAAUUAGAGAACAUCUUUCACUUGAUUUGGUUCAAUAAAUUAUGCCAUUCUCAGUAUAUUGAGGUCUUCUCUUCUGAUAGAUCUCUCUCUCUCUCUCUCUUCAUAUGUUCUAAUCUAAGAGACUAUCUAAUAGAACUCUUAUUCUCUUUAAAUGUGUAUUUUGACACGUGGACAAACCACAUACGUUUAUAUCUAUGAGCAUGCUUUGACUCUUUUUAAAAAUUUUGAGAUUCUGAGAGAUUACUUGUGCUGUGUGUCAUAGUCCGGUACAUACAGUACAUAAAGGGUUUCAGAGUCACAAAUAAAUGCGACAUGCUUUAUAUGACCUCUUCCAUGUUUUGUGGUUUUGUUGUCAAGUUUUUGCGUUGUUUCAAUAAUAAUAAUAAUAAUUCUGCUGUAGUUGGUUUGCGUGCAAAUUUGAUAGGUUGCAUUUUAACAAACAUAUGUCACAUAGUGAGGUUUGCACAAUAUGUUGUUGAAAAAAAUUUAGGGCUCGUCUGAUUCCUUUGCUUUCAAUAUGUUUGAGAAAACUUUAGCUACAUUUUUUCAGAAUUUCUAGUUUUAAUGAACCACUUACUGAUUAGAGAAUGUUUAUAUUAUCAGAGGCUAGUCAAAAAUCAAAAAAUUUACAAAUUUUGCUUUAUACAAUAUACAUAUAAUAAAGGCACAAAUGCUUUAUUUAAAGAAUAUACCUAUACAUAUUAUAUAUAUAUUUAUAGCAGAUUGUUGUGUACAAUGAUUGACGCCCUUUUGUUUCAUCAAAAUUUUAUGGGACAUCCACCCAAAGGUAGGAUAAUAUAAUACAUAAUAUUUGUUAAUAAAACAAGCAUUGUUCCUUGUGUUCCAUGUGUAUCAUGUGUGUAUCACAAUGGCUGACGUCUUGACUUUUUUUAUUAAAACUUAUCUUUAUUAAAAAUAUGCAAAUACAAAUACAUUAGUUUUCAAAGAACAAAUAAUUUAUAAGUGGUACAACUGAAAUAACAGAAAGAUAUGAAACAUUUAGAAACAAAAAACAAAACAAAAAAACAUGAGAAAGCUAUUGUAGGCAGCUUUGUAUCUGAUUUGAUAGUAAUUCUUGAAAGCUGAGAAUCUGUAUGUAAUACUGGGGGAAAAAGUAAUUUUUGGAAUGUGAUUCAUUAAAAAAAAAAAACCAAUGUGAAUGAUUUUAAUAUUUUUUUUCUUUACUUGAUGCAUUAUUAAAAAUAAUUUUAUCCCUGA